AUGGCGCACCCGACAGACAAGAAGAGGAAGCGACAGUCGAACGGUGUGGAUACACCCAGUAAGAAGGUCGCAAUUGAUGGCAGCGGCACAAUUGCUGUCACGCAUGUCGACGACAACGGUCUUCACCCGGUCUUGGUCUCGGCGCCUGGCAUGAACGCGCCCAAAGUUGCCUUCAAGGGCUAUUCCAAAGCUCGCUCCUCGAAGAAAGCUGCCAGCUCUCAGGACAUCCUCAAACCGGCUACACAUGAAUUGCUGCUUCAAUCUUCACAACACCCGAGACUUGACUACACUGCUGCCACUUCCACCGUUGACCCGCACCUCUCGCACUAUGUCGCCGUGUUCGACCCAGCUACAAAGCAGCUAGAAGUUACCCCGGCACAUCACUUGUCUCUCCGUAGCACGCUCCGGUCUGAAGCAGCAGAGGUGGAGCAGGAGAACCUCAGCUACUCUCGGCAACGCGAAGCACUGGGCCGCGAGUUCGGGACGAAGAAGGCCAAAAAGGCCAUUGCUAGCAAGACAGAGAACGCAAUAACGAACCCAAAUGACACAAAGGGAAAGGGUAAAGCCACAGACGUACAGACGGCGAUUCUUGACUCGGUCGCGGACACAGCAACAGGUCCCGGCGCACAAACCGCUGAGCAACAAGCCGAUGCUCUUCUCGCUGCGAAGCCCAUUCCGAAGCCCAAUCUGCAUGCCGAAAGCGUGGAGGAAGUCUACCCACUCAGCACUCUGAUCCCCGCCCAGGAUGCCCAGAAAGUGCCCAUCAAGGACUGGCAGGACAAGAUCCAGGCAGAGGAAGAAAUCCAGUUCAAACACCGCUUCCCAGCUGGACGUGUUGCAGCAGCAGUAAGCUCCGAAGACGUCGACAGGCAAAAAGCUUUGCGCUACCUUACCCUCCUUCUCGAAUUCUACGACUCAUUAGCCAACGGCGGGCGCAGUGCAGCAAAGAAGGUGCCAAAGAAGGAGGUAUUUGCCAAAAAGCUGGCCGAUUGGCCGCCCGCGCUUGUCAGCAGCGUGCGAACUCGCUUCACAAACGACAGUGGGUCUGAGUUGGGAAAGUGGCAGCUUGACAACCUGUGCACGCACAUAUGUGCAUUGUCGUUAUAUGUGGAUGGGUGGACAACAGACACGACACACUUGAAGGAGGAUCUGAAGCUGGAGACCAAGGUCAUCUCGCAGUACUUUGUUGAGUUGGGCUGUAAGGUGACGGCACCGAAUGAGGGAGACAAGACGAGGCUGGGUCUGGGCAAGGCACAGGCGGCAGUGACGAGGAUGGCGAAGCUGAAGCUGCCUCUGGAGUUUCCGAAGGCGAGGAUGGGCAGGAGGAAGUGA